AUGACUCCUCUCACUUUGAACGAACAAGUAGUCCAGUUAGUGUUUGGACUAGCAGAUUUGAAAUUAAACAUACCCAUUAUAAACUAUCCUCUGCCUGUAUUGGAUGCUUUGUUUGCAAUUUUAAUCAAUUAUUCAUAUCGAUCAGCUCUGGGUGUCGCUCAUAACCAAGUAGGUUGGUAUCAAGGCUUGAUUGCUACUUUAGUGAUGGCAACAGGUGGUGGAUGUACAGUUUCGCUUCUACGAGGCGAACCCAUGGGUAUUCUGAAAAGCAAUGAAUUCUGGGCUCUUCACUGCUCAACCUACCUCGCUAUGUUUUCGAAUCCUUACGUCUAUCAAGUGAUCGAUUUCCUUUUCUCAAUUCCAGCUAUUGAACAUAUGUUCACGCUAUCGGACAGUAUUUUGCGAGCGUUUGCUAUGAUACAAACAGGAGUCGAGGGAGUUGCAUCCAAUCCUGCCUUGGGUACUGAUAAGUUAGUCGCAAAAAUCUUAUGCGGAACCUUAGCCGGCUGCGGUGGCGGUUUAUGGAUCGAUGCCUUUCAAUUAAAUCAACCUAUUUGGACAUUUUCUACUCCACGCUUACUUCACAGCGCUUCUAUUGAUAUGAAAGCAUCUUUCUUCACUACGAUCUUCUAUGUAGCCGCUACGACACCCGCCAUUAGUGAAUAUCUCAACCUUCCCAUAUUAGAACCUAUCGAAGCACAAGCUUGGAGUGCCGUUUUCCUAUCCGGAGGACUUAUUUAUGGGACAUAUUCCAACAGAUGGAACAAGAGGUCUAAGGAGUUAAGAGCAUUGAAAGAAAAAAACGGGACUUUGGACAAAAAAAAAUCAAACUAG